GGCGUCAUUCUCUCUGGGAUUGAUUAAAAUGCCUGCUCCUUGCUGUACCCUCGCCAUGGCGUCGUGUCUCUGCUCUCUCAGUAACAGAAAGUGGCCGCCUCUCCGCUGUUGCUGCCGACUCAAAGCUCACAGACUCGCUCGGCGUCUCAAACCGCCAUUUUGGAGUCAGAGAACCGAGAGUUGGCAGCAGCGACGAGAGAGACUGAAAGGCGGACACGGGGCCGAGGCUUUUCAUCUUUGAUCAUUAGUGUUGGAAUCGAAAAUCAAUGCCAUCCACUGUUGAGAAGUAAAAGGUCCUGCCCUGCUGGGCAGAGGUGGUCUGUGGUGUAUGGCGUCAGGGCAGGGUGGCCAGCUGGAGGUUGGGGUAUCAGGGGCCUCCAGCCUAGCCAAACCUCUCUACCUGCAGCGCCUAGAAAGAUCCCUGAAGUUGGACAGUUUUUUGCGUCAAACUGCUGCUAUCUUCAACAGAGACAUAACCAGUGAUGAUAGCGAUGACAGCGAGGGUGGACUGGGGCCAGAGAUAUCCCUGGACGCCACCACUCAUGAUACGGCUUUGACAAUAAAGAAUGAGUCGUGUGAUCAAGGAGAUGGGUUGGCAGAUGGCAAGCCGCUUAAUGGAGUACUUCUGCAAGGUAAAGACCAAAAGGCAAAUAAAACAAGCCUUUACAAUUUUUCUAAGCUGAAGAAGAACAGGAAAUGGCUGAAGAGUAUCUUGUUGAGUGAUGACACCACAGACUCAGAUACAGACUCGGAUGACGCUAACUUCAGCAUGUCUCGGGAAGAACUACAUGACAUGCUGAGGCUCCAUCGUUACACGAGGCAGCAUCAGAGCAACUUCUACUCUGACCGAGAGCUUCACCAAUAUCAGUACUACAGCACAGGACUCUUAUCUACUCAUGAUCCCUUCUAUGAGCAACAACGCCACCUGCUGGGUCCAAAGAAAAAGAAAAUCAAAGAUGAAAAGAAAUUUAAGGCCAAACUGAAAAAAGUAAAGAAGAAGAAGAAACGGGGAGAGGGAGAAUUUGUGGAUGAGGAGCGUCCCUUCGUCACCAAAAUAUUUGCUAAGUUUUCCCAUGAUGCUCCGCUGCCCAUGGUGAAGAAAAAACAUCUCACUGUCGAGCAGCUGAAUGCUCGCCGACGCAAAGUCUGGCUCACCAUUGCCAAAAAAGAAAUCCCCAAGUCCUUCAAGCAGAAGACUUCCGCUAAGAAUCUGGUAUUAACCAAUGCAAAAAAGCUGGCUCACCAGUGCAUGCGAGAGGUCCGGCGUGCAGCUAUUCAGGCUCAGAAGAACUGUAAAGAGACAUUACCCCGUGCCCGGCGUCUUACCAAGGAGAUGAUGCUCUACUGGAAAAAAUAUGACAAGGUGGAAAAGGAGCACAGAAAGAGAGCCGAGAAGGAAGCCCUGGAGCAACGUAAACUUGAUGAAGAAAUGAGAGAGGCCAAGCGUCAGCAGCGCAAACUGAAUUUUCUCAUUACCCAGACGGAGCUGUAUGCUCAUUUUAUGAGUGGUAAAGCUAGCGUGGGGGCUCCAGGUGGAGAUGCAGCACAGGAGGAAAUUCUGAGAAAACUUGAAGACACUGCAGCCCAGAGACAGAUAGACAUUGGAGGAGGAGUAAUGGUCAACAUGGGACAAGAGGACUAUGAUAGCGAAUACUACAAAUCCCAGGCCUUGAGGAAUGCCCAAGAGGCCUACCAGAUUCAUCAGGAGAGAACGCGAAUGUUCGAUGAAGAGGCUAAAGACAGUCGCAGUGCGUCCCUGCAUGCAGCUGGCAGCUUGUCCACAGGAGCCAGCUCUGGGUUUGGAGAAAGCUACAGCCUUUCAAACCCAUCCAUCCGUGCAGAUGAAGACAUUCCUCAGCCCACCAUCUUCAACGGGAAACUCAAGGGCUACCAACUCAAAGGCAUGAACUGGCUGGCUAACCUUUAUGAACAGGGAAUCAAUGGAAUCUUGGCAGAUGAAAUGGGAUUGGGAAAGACCGUUCAGAGUAUCGCUUUGUUGGCACACUUAGCAGAGAGAGAUAACAUCUGGGGUCCAUUCCUGAUCAUCUCUCCAGCAUCUACACUCAACAACUGGCAUCAGGAGUUCACCCGCUUUGUGCCAAAAUUCAAGGUGUUACCGUACUGGGGAAAUCCUCACGAUCGGAAAGUGAUUCGGAAAUUUUGGAGCCAGAAAACUCUUUACACGCAAAAUGCACCGUUCCACGUGGUCAUCACGAGCUACCAGCUGGUGGUCCAAGAUGUCAAGUACUUUCAGAGGGUCAAGUGGCAGUACAUGGUUCUAGAUGAGGCCCAGGCACUGAAAAGCAGCACGAGCGUUCGGUGGAAAAUCCUCCUGCAGUUCCAGUGUCGGAACAGACUUCUGCUAACCGGGACGCCAAUCCAGAACACAAUGGCUGAGCUGUGGGCCCUGCUGCAUUUCAUCAUGCCUACGUUGUUCGAUUCCCAUGAAGAGUUUAACGAGUGGUUCUCCAAGGACAUAGAGAGCCAUGCUGAAAACAAGUCUGCCAUCGAUGAGAACCAACUAUCCAGAUUGCAUAUGAUCCUCAAGCCUUUUAUGCUGCGCAGAAUUAAGAAAGAUGUGGAAAAUGAACUCUCAGACAAGAUUGAGAUCCUAACCUACUGUCAGCUGACCUCCCGGCAGAGGUUGCUUUACCAGGCUCUGAGAAACAAGAUCUCUAUCGAGGAUCUGCUGCAGUCCUCGAUGGGCACGGCCCAGCAGGCUCACAGCACCACCUCCUCCCUCAUGAAUCUGGUCAUGCAGUUUAGAAAGGUCUGCAACCACCCUGACUUGUUUGAGCGUCAGGAGACCCGCUCACCUUUCCACAUGUCCCUCAAGCCCUACGUCAUGUGCAAGUUCCUCUACCGUCAUGGCCUCAUUCACACGCACAAUCAGACCAGGAAAAAAUUACUUCAAGUGCUGCUGUCUCCCUUCUCCCCGAAUCACAUACAGCAGUCUCUCUUUCACAGGAAAGGUGAUGACAAAGGAAGCUGUUUCUCCUUCUUGCGUUUCAUUGACAUGUCACCAGCUGAAAUGUCCAAUCUUAUCCUCCAAGGCACCUUAGUAAGAUGGUUAGCCCUUUUUCUGUCUCUGAAAGCUGCAUACCGGCUCCAUCAUCAGCGCCUGUUCGACCUUGAAGAACAGGGCCAGGAGGAAGCUGGAGACGGGGAGGCUUGCAGAGGAAAGUUACAGCCAGGGAUUAAGUGUCUGUCUCGCAAGGACCUGAUUCUGUGGCUGAACAGACCCAUUUCCUUCCCCAAUAUGCACAACAGUCCUGUUUUGCAGGAUUUGGUGUUCACGGCCUCCAGGCCCGGCGUGGUGGGGCACACAGACGUAAAGGUCCACUGCAGAAAAUCGGGCACCUCUACAAUCCGAUCCUGCCAGCCCACGCUGCCACCUAAGUUCCUGCUAGCCGCCACACCCAGGGUGACAGCAGUACCCAUGGAACGUUAUUGUAACGACCGCAGUGCUGAAUACGAGUGGCAGCUGACACGCAGCGGAGGAGGCACGAUCUUUAAACAGUGUUUCCUGUACGGCUCUCCUGAACUGGCAUCAGAAUGGCGUGUGAGGGCUAAUGCCUUUCACCCACAAUGCCCUGGGGGUGUGAUGGCCCUUUAUCCUCGCCAUGGAUGGUCCUUUAUACGGAUACCUGAUAAGGAAAGCCUGAUUACAGAAAGUGGAAAGCUCCACACCUUGGAUAUCCUGUUGAGUCGACUAAAGGCUCAGGGACACAGAGUCCUCAUCUACUCUCAGAUGACUCGCAUGAUAGACCUGCUUGAGGAGUACAUGGUUUAUCGCAAGCACACCUACAUGCGCCUCGAUGGAUCCUCCAAGAUUUCUGAGCGCAGGGACAUGGUGGCUGACUUCCAGAGUCGAACGGAUAUCUUUGUCUUUCUGCUGAGCACACGGGCCGGAGGGCUUGGCAUUAACCUGACUGCUGCUGACACUGUUAUCUUCUAUGACAGUGACUGGAACCCCACAGUGGACCAACAGGCCAUGGACAGGGCUCACAGGCUGGGUCAGACCAAACAGGUAACCGUCUAUCGCCUCAUCUGUCAGGGCACCAUCGAGGAGAGGAUACUGCAGCGGGCCAAGGAAAAGAGCGAGAUCCAAAGGGUGGUGAUCUCUGGAGGCAACUUCAAGCCAGACACACUCAAACCCAAAGAGGUGGUCAGCCUGCUUUUGGACGAUGACGAGCUGGAGAAGAAAUUGCGCCAAAGGCAAGAGGAGAAGAGACAGCAAGAGGAGAGCAGCAAGGUGAAGGAGCGCAAGAGGAAGAGGGAAAAGUAUGCUGAGAAGAAGAAGAACGAGGAACUGGAGAACAAGAGGAAAAAGGAAGUGAACCUGGUCAUUUCCCACGCCCCCUCAGCAGACAACUCUAACCUGUCGGCAGAUGGAGACGACUCAUUCAUCAGCGUCGAGAUGGACUCGGCCAUGCCCAGUCCUUUCAGCGAGAUCUCCUUAAGUAGCGAGCUCCAGCCCGGCUCAUUACCUCCUGAUGCCGACGCGGAUGAGAGCAGCAGCGACAUGCUCGUCAUCGUGGAUGAUCCACUUUCUUCCGCGCCUCAGUCUCGUGCCACCAACUCACCCGCCUCUGUGUCUGGAUCAGUCUCUGACAACAUGAAUGGUGUUUCAGCCUCGGACACAAUCAGUCCAGGCAGAGGCAGGUCCGGGCGGAGUCGUGGGCGGCCUAAAGGCUCUGGAGCCGGUGCCAAGACUGGAGGGAAAGGUCGCGGGCGUAAGUCAACUGCAGGUAGUGCAGCAGCAAUGGCAGGAGCGAUGGCAGGCGCAGCAGCUGCUUCGGCAGCAGCUUAUGCUGCUUAUGGCUACAGUGUUUCGAAAGCGGGCCUCGCUGCAUCCAGCCCUCUGCAGACCUCCCUGGGCCGGUCUGGUACCAGUCCUGCCUUUAGCCUCAGCAGAAGCUCCUCCCCCCAGACCAAAGGAGGCACCUCCACCCCGAGCCCCCACAAACAGCUGGCCCACAGCCACCACCACAGCAGCCACGGAGCAGUGAGGAAAGGAAAGGGUCCUGGCGGUCCUGGGGCUCGAUGAUACAUGCGUACGCGUAUUCAUAUUAAUAUGCCCUGACAGAUAACUGACCUGCUCUUCACUGUGAUUCCCAGAGAUGCCCCCCGCCCACCUAAACUAAUAAACAAGAGUAUUUAUAGUAACUGAGGCUCACUACCUGGAGGACCACGCUCUCCCUGCUGGCUCAGCAACUAAACAGAAGUAACCACAACAAUUUAAAGGUACAGCCUCAACCAGCUUCUGCAUUUGUUCAUUUAUAUUCAUUUAGUUUUAUUUAAUUUUUUUGUUUGUUUGUCCAGACCAGUGGACAAAAACACUGCCUUGAGCAUUUUAAUUUUAAUUUUGACAGAAGUAUUUCUAAGUGCUUUUUUGAGAAGACAAGCUGUAUUCUACUAUUGAUGACGGGAAACCCAAAGGCGUGUAGCAGCACGUGUAGCUCAAAGGGCUUUUCAGAUCCUUGUGUUUGUCCAGGUAGCGAGAAAAAGGGGUUCCUGUCAAAUGCACUGAGCCACGUCUUCCCUUAUUUUAUUUUUUAUUUUUAAUUGUUAUUUUAUUUUUAUUUUUUUUUCUGUGUUACUGAUUCUCCUACAUGCACAUUUGGUUAUUUAAUUGUUCUGUAGAUAUGUUCAGCGCAAAGCUGGUGGACAAGUCUGCAUUUUACAGAGCUUAAUGUGAAUCCACACCGUACCAAACAGCUUUUGUACUAAAGCUCCUAUUUUUGUAAUGAAAGAUGUACUGAAACCAACAGGCAGGCAGUUAAAAUUGUGUCCAUAAAAUGUGUUCAUGUAUAGGUGGAAAUGGAAAAUUUCUGAUUAUUUUUUGUGUCCGAUGGGGAAAAUAAUGUAAAAACAAAAAAAAAAGAAAAGGUCUACUAAAAUGAGGGGUACUGAUUGAUACAGCAAUGCUGCUAAUGUUAAACUUAUGAAUCGAUUCACAUUUAUUUUGGUUGUCUUAAGUUAUUUAAGUUAAAAACAGGCGAUUCAUGAAAAUUGCGGAAAAAUCUUCACCUGUAAAACUGUAAAUUGCAAAUUCUAGAGCCAUUUUUUUUCUUAAUUUUUCCAAAAUUGUUUUCUGUGAUGAGAAAUCUGUGGUUCUCUUUGAUGUCAUUAAUGUUUCAGAAACAAAAAACAGGAAAAAAUGGUGUGCAUCAGUGUCCUGAGUUGAGCACUACAUCUGUUCUAAUAGGUUUGUUUUUGUGUUUAUAGCGUGAUUAAAAUGCAAUGUUCUAUAUCGAUUGUACAUAAUGAUGAAUGAAAGCGACAUUUCCUCUGGCUUUUUCUCUCAUUUGCCUGACUAUUUUUAUAAGUCAUGUGUACAUAUGAAGAAAUGCAUCUGUCAUUUUACUAACAGGAGUCAACUGAAAAUAAAAGAUGGCGAAAUCUGA